AUGGAUUUUUUUAUCCUGAAAAAACCAACAGUACUGCUAAGAGCACCUAAAGGUGCAGCUGCUAUUCACAUUAAUAGUACUACAACACAUACUGCAUCGGCAUGCAAUACUUAAAGAAUCAGGUCAAAAUCUUCUACCAAUGUCAGACCAAAAGCGAACACACAUAAGAAUGGCACUAAUAAUUAUUAAUGAAAUAUUUAUGCUGUUGUACACUGGACAUCUACCAACAACUGAAAGAAAUAUUUGCUUCUCCAUUUAA